UGCUGCCCCCAGGAGCCCGCUGUGAGGCCAACACCUUUGAUGGCGAGCGCUGCCUGUAUGGGGCACUGAAUGAUGCCAUCCGCCGGGCUCUGCGUGAUUACAAGCAGGUCACAGCCUCCUGCAGACGACGGGAUUACUAUGACGACUUCCUGCAGCGGCUCCUGGAGCAGGGCAUCCACAGUGACGUGGUCUUCAUAGUGCACGGGAAGCAGUUCCGGGCACACCGCUGCAUCCUGGGUGCACGCAGCACCUACUUCGCCAACAUGCUGGACACUAAGUGGAAGGGCAAGAGCAUCGUGGUCCUUAGACAUCCCCUGAUCAACCCAGUGGCCUUCGGGGCCCUGCUGCAGUACCUGUACACAGGCCGCCUGGACAUUGGCGUGGAGCACGUCAGUGACUGCGAGCGCCUGGCCAAGCAGUGCCAGCUGUGGGACCUGCUCGGCGACCUGGAGGCCAAGUGUGAGAAGGUGUCCGAGUUUGUGGCGUCCAAGCCAGGCACGUGUGUGAAGGUGCUGACCAUCGAGCCCCCGCCAGCAGACCCCCGACUGCGGGAGGACAUGGCACUGCUGGCUGACUGUGCCCUGCCCCCUGAGCUGCGAGGUGACCUCGGAGAGCUGCCCUUCCCAUACCCUGAUGGCUUCAACAGCUGCCCGGACGUGUGCUUCCAAGUGGCUGGUUGCAGCUUCCUCUGCCACAAGGCCUUCUUCUGCGGCCGCAGCGACUACUUCCGGGCCCUGCUGGAUGACCACUUUCGGGAGAGUGAGGAGCCAAUGGCUGCAGGGGGUCCCCCGGCCAUCACCCUGCAAGGCAUCUCACCUGACGUCUUUACCCACGUGCUCUAUUAUGUCUACAGCGACCACACUGAGCUGCUGCCCGAGGUGGCCUACAACGUGCUGAGCGUGGCUGACAUGUACCUGUUGCCGGGCCUGAAGAGGCUGUGUGGCCGCAGCCUGGCCCAGCUGCUGGACGAGGACAGCGUGGUGGGGGUGUGGCGUGUAGCCAAGCUGUUCUGCCUGGCGCGGCUGGAGGACCAGUGCACUGAGUACAUGGCCAAGGUCAUCGAGAAGCUGGUGGAGCGGGAGGACUUCGUGGAGGCGGUGAGGGAGGAGGCGGCGGCAGUUGCGGCCCGUCAGGAGACAGACUCCAUCCCGCUGGUGGACGACAUCCGCUUCCACGUGGCCAGCACAGUGCAGACCUACAGUGCCAUUGAGGAGGCGCAGCAGCGGCUGCAAGCGCUUGAGGACCUGCUCGUGUCCAUUGGCCUGGACUGCUGAGUCCCCGCCAGCUGUCUUGAGGACAAGCGUGUGUGUGUGUGUCUGCAUCUGCGGCUGCUCAUCCUGCUCCUCACAUACUUGAGGGCCCCACCAUGGGCCAAGGUGGUCCAGUGGGGCUCCCCUCAUGAGCCUGGGGACCCCAGGGGAGGUCUCCUCGGGAUGAGCCCCCUCCCCCAAUGCACAAGCCUGCCCCCAAGACUCUGGGGCUGGGCACCACUCAGGGAAAGCUGAGGUAGGGGCGGGCUUUGGUCUCCUCCCUGGCCCUCCCAGGACUGGGCCAGGCCUGGACGCCUCUCUGAGCCAGCUGCUCCCACACACACGGCCAGUCAGGACGGGCUAGGAAGAGACCAUGUGUGGCAAUAAAGCUUGAAUUUGCUGUGGGAACCUGAA